GGCGGGGGUUGGUGGGGUAUCUGAGAACAAGGCUGCCGAGGCUGAGUGGAGUCUCUUUACAUUACCAGGCGGGGCGGAUGUAGGGGGUUGGAGGACAUGAUAGGGUGCAUGUGAAGACAGUUGUGGGACUGGCAUCUGGAGGCAGGAGGAGCAUAUCAUAUGAGGACAAGGUAGCUGGGUCUGAGUGGGGUCUUGGGUGUUAGCAGGGGGGCAGGUGCAGAAGGUCUUUAGCAAUGUUUGGGGCACGGUGUCUGCUCCUGGCUCUUCGCCGUUGUUCCUCUGCUCCUUGUCCCAAGCACACGCAGGCUGCAAGACUGAGGGUCUGCGAGGCGCUAGAGGCCCAGGAGUUGGCUGGUGAUAUUAAAGUCCAGGGCUGGGUUCGUUCUGUCCGGUCCCAGAAAGAGGUUUUGUUCCUGCACAUAAAUGAUGGCAGUUCUUUGGAAAGCCUCCAGGUUGUAGCCGACCCAACCUUGGAACAUAGAGAUCUGACUUUUGGAAGCGCCGUGGAAGUGCAAGGGAAACUGGUAAAAAGUCUUCAUAGGAUGCAAAAUGUGGAAUUGAAAGCUGAAAAUAUUCGUGUGGUAGGACCCUGUGGUACUCUGACGUUCCCUUUUAAACCAAGAGAGAGGCAACCUCUGGAAUACAGCCGGCAGUUCCCUCACUUACGAUGCAGGACCAACACAUUGAGCUCCCUCCUGAGGGUACGCAGUGAAGCUACUGCAGCGAUCCACUCAUUUUUCAAGGAUAAUGGCUACGUGCACGUUCAUACCCCUAUAAUUACGUCAAACGACUGCGAAGGUGCGGGGGAGCUCUUUCAUGUCAGGACAUCAGAUAAAGUACAGAAACCUGGGGAAAACUCCCAUUUCUUCAAUGUUCCUGCCUUCCUGACGGUCUCUGGACAACUCCAUCUGGAAGUGAUGGCUGGUGCAUUUACACAGGUGUUCACCUUCGGCCCAACCUUUCGAGCCGAGAAUUCUCAAAGUCGCCGGCACUUGGCAGAGUUCUACAUGGUAGAAGCAGAGGUGUCUUUCACUGAAAGCCUCCAGGACAUCAUUCAGGUUAUGGAGGAUCUUUUCAAGACCGCGACAAGCAUCGUGCUCUCCAAAUGUCCUCAAGAUGUUGAGCUUUUUCAUAAAUAUGUAUCGCCUGCCCAAAAGGGCAGGUUAGAACAGAUGCUGAAGAACAAAUUCAUAACAAUUUCCUAUACUGAAGCAGUGGAAAUUUUAAAGCGAGCUCCUCAGACAUUCACUUUCCAACCAAAGUGGGGCAGCGAUCUCCAAACUCAACAUGAGAAAUACCUGGUGAAGCACUGCGGCGAGGUUCCUGUGUUUGUGGUUAACUACCCGUAUGAUCUCAAACCUUUCUACAUGCGGGACAAUGAAGAUGGACCUCAACACACAGUUGCAGCUGUUGAUCUUCUGGUACCAGGAAUAGGGGAGUUAUGUGGCGGCAGCCUGAGAGAGGAGCGACUGCAUUUUCUGCAAUCACGCUUAGAGAGAUUAGGACUCGCAGACGCCUACCAAUGGUAUCUAGAUCUCCGGCAGUUUGGAUCAGCCCCUCAUGGAGGCUUCGGAAUGGGGUUUGAGCGCUACCUGCAGUGCAUCUUGGGAGUGGACAAUAUCAAAGAUGUUAUUCCUUUCCCGAGGUUUCCUCACUCCUGUCUUUUGUAGCUCCAUGGCUGACUCACAUGGACCAGUCUGCGCUGGAGUGUUUGUAUGUAUAAUGAGUCUGCAUUUGACUGCUUGUGAUGAUAUUGGGGAAAGAUGGAGAGAAUUUUUGUACCAAAUAAUCCUGUGGUAAAUUUAAUGGAGGGAAUUCGGGAGCGAGACUUUUCUUGGGAGAUUUAGACCCUACCACUUCUUAGUAUUAUUUAUGUAGCACUUUAAAUCUUCAAAGCACUUCAGGUGCAUUAAUGAAUCUUACUUAACUAAAGGGUUAAAAUCCUCAUGGGAGGAACAAAAGUUAGGACUAUAAUGAAUAAGCAUUGUUGGGAGCUGAUAUUUUUUUAAUGCAAGAUGUUAAUAAGGGGGUGUGACCCAAGCACAGGACUGGGAGUCAGGAGUGCUAUGAGGUUUAAUUACAUGUCUGUACAGUGCUUUGAAGAUUGAAUGUGAUAGAACUGCUCGGUGUUACCAUCACUGACACACGUUUGCUUUUAAGAAAUGGCUAUUGUAAAGCGAGAGUCUCCUGCCCUGAAUUAAAAGCACGUACGUGUUGAGGUUGGAAAGUAGAUCCUAAUCAGCUGAACCUUGCCAGGAAAAAUGUCUCUUCUAUUGUAACUGCCGGGGUGAGGGAGUUGAUGGCAGUUGAUUUUGUGAGUCAAUAAAGAUGCAUAGUUGGCUUUUUCUCUCA